AUGAAACUUGCAGCUACAGGAUCACUGAAGUAUUCCUGUGGAAGUGUUGAACUGAGGUCAAGAAAAACCUUACUGUUGGGCAUGCACACCCUGGUCCUGAAACACGAUCACAGGCUGAGCUCCAACACACGUGAUGGACUUCCAUCCCUUUGUAUUGCUCGGACUCAAACUUGGCGUGCGUUGCUCUCCAAUGUCCCCAGGAUCCGAGGCCGGGGGAGGAGGAAGGUUUCUCUGGAGGAGGAAGACGAAGGCGGGGAAGAGAGGUACGGAUACGCUCGGAACGGAGCUGCGGAGGAAGUGCCCCCGUCGGACGACCUCCGAGUCGAGAGAAUGGAGAUCAGCAGCGACGAAGACGACACGUUCCGGGGCGCCGAUUCUCCGACCGUUUUGGAGGAAGACGAAGCCGAGCAGGAGCUGCAGAAACAGCUGGAGAAAGGGAGGAAGCUGAGGCAGAUCCAGCAGCUGAAGGACAGCGGGGAAAAGGUCAUAGAAAUAGUGAAGAAGCUGGACACCGGCCGGAGCCAGGAGGACGACGAGGAGCUGGAGAAGAAAGGCGCCAUUGUCUUCAACGCCACCUCCGAGUUCUGCCGGACGCUGGGCGAGAUCCCCACCUACGGCUUGGCCGGGAACCGCGAGGACCAGGAGGAGCUCAUGGAUUUUGAGCGGGAUGACGAGCGGUCAGCCAACGGGGGCUCCGAUUCGGACGGCGAGGAGAACAUUGGCUGGAGCACGGUCAACUUGGACGAGGAGAAGCAGCAACAGGACCCAGGUCUUCUGGAAGAGAUUUACUUCAGCCAGCCAAGGCUAGGCUGGCAACUGUUAACAAGAGGAUCUGCUCUCCCGGUGCCCCAUACCGCAAUUUUGGAAUGGCUUGCUGGAAAAGGUUCUGCAGCUCGAUAUGAUGCCCAAGUUUAA